CGUCCGGAGCCGGGCGGGGCGGGGCGGGCCGUGUGGCGGGCGAGCAGCGAUGGCGGCGGCCGAGGUGGCGCGGCAGGGUGAAGGCUGUCGUACCGUCCCCCUUUCUGGACAUGUAGGAUUUGACAGUUUGCCUGACCAGCUGGUUAAUAAGUCAGUUAAUCAUGGGUUUUGUUUCAACAUCCUGUGUGUGGGGGAAACUGGCCUUGGUAAGUCCACUCUCAUGGACACACUUUUCAACACCAAAUUUGAAGGUGACCCAGCAUCUCACUCACAGCCUGGGGUCCAGCUGAAGUCCAGUACCUAUGACCUGCAAGAGAGCAACGUCAACCUCAAACUGACUAUUGUAAGCACAGUGGGCUUUGGGGAUCAAAUCAACAAAGAGGACAGCUACAAGCCUAUUGUUGAGUUCAUUGAUGCUCAGUUUGAAGCCUACUUGCAAGAAGAACUGAAGAUAAAGAGGGUCUUGCACAAUUACCAUGACACCCGGAUCCACGCUUGCUUGUACUUCAUUGCUCCGACAGGCCACUCGCUGAAAUCCUUGGACUUGGUAACAAUGAAGAAGCUUGACAGCAAGGUCAACAUCAUUCCUAUCAUUGCCAAAUCUGAUGCCAUUUCCAAAAGUGAGCUGACCAAGUUUAAAAUCAAGAUCAUGAGUGAACUGGUCAGCAACGGUGUCCAGAUCUACCAGUUCCCCACAGAUGAUGAAACAGUGGCCGAGAUAAAUGGAACAAUGAAUGCCCACUUGCCAUUUGCAGUGAUUGGGAGCACGGAGGAGUUGAAAAUAGGAAACAAAAUGAUGAAAGCUCGUCAGUACCCUUGGGGCACAGUGCAGGUGGAAAAUGAAACUCACUGUGACUUUGUGAAGCUGCGGGAGAUGCUGAUCCGUGUGAACAUGGAAGACCUUCGUGAACAGACUCACACACGCCACUAUGAGCUUUACCGGCGAUGUAAACUGGAAGAGAUGGGUUUCAAGGACACCGAUCCGGACAGCAAGCCCUUCAGUUUACAAGAAACUUAUGAGGCCAAAAGAAAUGAGUUUCUGGGGGAACUGCAAAAGAAGGAAGAGGCAAUGAGGCAAAUGUUUGUCCAGAGGGUCAAGGAAAAAGAGGCAGAGCUGAAGGAGGCUGAAAAAGAGCUCCAUGAGAAGUUUGAUCGUCUGAAGAAGUUACAUCAGGAUGAAAAAAAGAAACUGGAGGAUAAGAAGAAAUCUUUGGAUGAUGAAGUUAAUGCAUUUAAACAAAGGAAGACAGCAGCUGAAUUGCUCCAAUCUCAGGCUCAGCAGGCUGGAGGAUCACAAACUCUUAAAAGAGAUAAGGAAAGAAAAAAUUAACUGCUGUUUGGCUGCAUGGUGCAUGAGGCACAUUGUCCUGUAACCCAUGGCUCUGUACUGAGUAAUUAUCCCUGAAUACAAUGAGCUGGAAUGGACCUUCAUUUACUUGUUAAAUCACAGGGUCUAAUAAAACGUGACAGCAUUUCAGCUGUGACCUUUCCAUGGCGUUACUCUUGCUCUCUGCUAUACUCUCAUUGUGAACUUGUCUUACUAUGUACUGGUGGUUAUUGCUUUAUUAAAUAAUGUAAGAUGAGUCCUAACGAGUUUGGGACGCUGCAGCUUUAAUUUCUCUCUCUUUUCUUUUUCUCCAUACAGUUAAUAUCUCCUCCUUUCUCUCAGUCCCUCUCCAUGCAGAAAGACGUAAAAAUAAGUUCUGUAAGAGUUAUUUUUGCUGGCAAAAUAACAAUGCGGUUUAAGUGUAUUUAUUGGUGACGUUAAGACGACACCACCACCUCGGUUUGAUUAUCAGAUAGUCAGAUUAAAAAGCUUUCUUCAUACCCGGGGUUGUUUUCAUGCCGUCACCUAUCUUGUGUUUUUGUUCUUUUUACUUUUGGAUAAUGCUAUUGAAAAGACUGGUUUAAUAAGCGUUUCCAUUUCAGACCUGCUAGUUGUGACCCCGAUCCUCCAGUUGCACUGUGUGCAGGCAGGGUGAAUCCACAUGUCCACAUGAAUCCACAUGUCCUGAGACAUGGGGGCGCGUGCUGGCAAACAGUUCCAACAAAAACCCUUCAGACCCAAAGUUUGUUGAAAGAGAGGCACAUGUCAGAGCUAGCCGGGAUAUACCUAUAUAUAUAGGUACAGCCACUGCUGAGCAUUUGUCUAGGAAGGUGUUGUUUGGGAUGGCAUUAAAACCUCACAGACUUCAGCUUGUGUUAGCAGGGCUGGCUGCCCAUGCUAACAGGCCGCAGCCCGGCCUUUUCCUUUGGGGCAAUCAAGGCAGCUAGAACUCUUGACUGCAGCGUGUUGUCUCAGUUUUGCUAUGAAUACAGUUUUAUUUCUUGUACAAUUCUUGUGUUGCUUUGUUUUCUUUUAAAACAAGUUAAAAUAAUUUGAGUGGUUUGCUUCUUUCUUUAUUACUGAGUGCCCCAUUCCACAACCAGUCAGUGGUUUCAAGACUAUCUGUUAGAAGCAGCAUUUAAUGCAGGUUCUUUUUUUAACCCAUACUGCCAGUCACUGGUUGCUCUUCCUCACCAUCUGCCUUAUUAGAAUGUAAUUAAAGGUAUUUUAAAAGAAAA